AUGGCGUCAAUAUUCGAUGCAACUGUGCACCCUUACUACCCCAUUGAUCUAGAGAUCGCGGGGUAUCUGGCCAAUGAAUGGGACACAUUGACCCUAGUGUCAAUCUUCGCAACAGGAUGCACAGCUAUCUUCCUAGUGACAUAUCUAUUGGUGAUUAAAGUGCAGCCAAAGAUACCAUCAAGUGACCUAUGGACAAUCAUGUGGUUUGUACUAUGUGGCUGUAUCCACCUUUUCUUCGAGGGGUACUUUGCCUACAAUUUCCGCCGUAUGCCUAGCAUGCAAGAUCUAUUUGGGCAACUGUGGAAAGAAUACUCGUUAUCUGAUUCCCGUUACCAAACUCAAGAUGCAUUCGUUCUGUGCAUGGAGACCAUCACUGCCAUCUGCUGGGGUCCUUUGUCAUUCAUGUUGGCCGUGAUGAUCAUGAUCCAGCACCCCCUGCGGUAUCCUUUGCAGGCGAUUGUAUCCCUUGGUCAGCUUUAUGGAGAUGUUCUUUAUUAUGCAACCUGCAUGUUCGACCACUACAUUCUUGACCUUUCAUACUCCCGACCCGAGGCUUCGAUCUUUUGGGGGUACUUUGUCUUUUGCAAUGCAUUCUGGAUUGUUAUUCCUCUUGUUCUACUCUACAAUAGUUUGUCGGUUAGUAAGAAAGCGUUUAUUGCUCUUUCGGCUGCAGAAGGGAAAGAUGUUCCAAAGACGGCGAAGAAGGAGUAG